UGCAUCCAUUUUGCAUCGCAAUCAUCUUCAAGCAAGUUAGUCUCAAACGUAUCGGCGAAAAGGCGCCAGAAAUUUCUGCACGGUAAACAUGGCAGAAGGACUGCGGUUCUUAGCGCAAAUGUCGGACGAGAAUGCCCACUUGUUGACGCAGGAAAGCACAAAUUUGGAUUCCGGACAGGAUGAACAAGCAAUGAUGAAAGUAACGCCAACCACCGACCACGAUUACCUGGAAGGUGCCGGUGGAAAACAGCAGCAUGAGCCGCGGCUGGACAUCGUCAAUGUAAUGACCACGCCGGCAGUGCCCGUUGGCCCAACAGUUGCUGUGUCUUCGUCUCCGCUGACACCGCUUCAAAACCAGCCCAAAGACGCGAACGAUGUGGCAGAUGUCAAACUGGAUAAGCCCUGGAACAAGAUAGGAACCUGGACCAGCACUUACAAGGGCUGCUUCACGACAAACGAAGAGCUGGAGCAAGUUAUUAAGUUGUACACGGAAGGAACCGACAGCCGGUGGGUGGUGAGCUCAAAGGAUAGACUCUUUGGAUCAACUGACAUCAAGCUCAGUAGGUUCAAGUUGUUCUGGAGGGCCAGGGGUCAGGAGGAUGACCGAAAGGCAGCUUUCCCCGAUUACGAUGGCAUUCCUUUCAUCAUGGUCGGCCGUAAGUUCUGGGGUUGUCACCUGGGACGAGACAAGUGUCGCUCGGGAAAGAUCAAGUAUCGCACGAAAAUGCAAGAAAAGAGCCAGGAGAGCGAAUCGAGCAAUUGGCCCAUCACCCGGUCCUCCAAGAAACUUGGCUGUCCAGCCGUCAUCAGCACCGUUCACGUCUUGAAGUUCCACGAGUAUCCAAUCUCGCAAUCGAUGACCGAGUUCCGCCGCAAACAGUUGCUGAAGCGACUUAGGCAGUCGCUCUUGUCCAAGCACAGCAUCGUCAAGGCGGAGCAGCGGUUCUACGUUCACCUGGCCCAGCCCGACGAGCACCUCCACGACCGCGUCAGCUCGAAAGGAUUGCAGGAUGGCGCGUGCUAUGCUAUGUCCGGCAAGGUCGAGCGGAGUUUCGUCUACAGAAUCACUGAGCUGCACCAUGCUGGCAUGUUCAGAUUAUGUGAAGUCAGUCGCAUGCUGGAUUCCUAUCGCAAAGAGCUGUACAAAGAUGAAGAGCCUCCUUCCCAGGACCUGGUCCCUGAGCUCUACCCCAAUCACAACCUCAUUCAUUAUGUCAUCUCCCAUGCCGUCAAGGUGACGGCCCUGCUGGAGAUGGACCUGGGCCACGGCCACCGGCUGGUCAGCGGCUGGCAGGCGGACCACCCUGACGACAGCUGGUACUACCAACCUUUUGCCUCCAGCGGACCCAUCCGGCGGGCCAAAAACAAGCAGGACCGCCUGCUGGCGGGCCACUACCCAGACCUGUCACAGACAUUCCUCUUCUGCUGCCAGCGUGCCGCCCAGCGCCGCCUGCUGGCCGCCUAUGGCACGGUCUGCCUCCUGGACAGCCCCCGGGGCAAGACGCUGAUGCCCACUUACUUCCUGCAGGUGCGGACCCACGCUGGCUACCAGCUGGUGGGCACGGUCCUCAUGCAGUACUGGAGCAGCCAGGCACUGGUGGACGCUCUGCAGGUUGUGAGAGACUGGAACCCAGACUGGCAGCCCCAGGCCAUGCUGGUCGACUUGAUCGAAGAGGAAGUUGAAGCCCUUCAGAAGCUCUUUCCAGAAUGCAACUUUUACAUCUCCUCCGUUCACCGGGAGCUGGCGUGGCUGGACUACCUGAACGCCGGCGAGGGGGAGGACCGCAGCUCCGACUCCGCCCUCCUGGAUUCCCUGGUCUACGCCCGGACCGAGGAGGAACUCAGUGAGGCGCUGACCAAGCUGCGAGAGAGCCCCCUGUGGGCCGAGAACCACCGACUGCGACACUGGAUGACCGUCCGAUGGCUGCCACACAUCAAGAUGUGGUCGUACGCCUUCAUCAGCAAGGAGAUCCUAGUCACCAUGUGUGCCAAUGAGGGGCUGACCAGACUGCGGGAAGCCCUGAUCUAUGAUUGGCUGGGGUCCGUCCGCAGCCGGACGCUCAGCGAGCUGCUGACCAGCCUGGUCAUGGAAGAGAUGCCCAAGUUGUACGACAGCUACUGUGAAGAGAAUCAGACGAUGGCUACCUCUAACCGCUACCAGUACUGUACCGGCCUGCCGGUCUACAUCAGACAUCAGCCAGUGCCUGCCCGGGCGCACAUCAACGAACUGAUCUCGUCGCUACCCUCGAUGAAGGUCAACCAGCAGGGGGAAGGGCAGUUCCUGGUCAGGAGGGAGGACAACGACUUUGAGCACAGCGUCUACUUUGGCAGCGAGACCGAGUACCCGUCCUGCGACUGCUGGGCCUGGCUGACGGGCCUGGACAUCUGCGAGCACUUCUGCGCCGUCUUCAAGGAGUGCGCUGACUGGCAUUGGUGCCAGCUGUCGCCGCUCUACACGGGGAAUCUCAUCUUCGCGCUGGACUCGGCUAUACUGGAGGUCCUGCCGCGUGAGGUGCCACGAUGCAGCGGCAGCGGCGGCGGCAGCCACGGCAGCCAAAACAACCCAGUCGAGUAUGGGGAAUGCGUGCAGGUGUCCAUGGACGACUUUGGGGCCCAGGAGGUGCUUGGGAUGGAGGCCAGCGAGAGUGAAGGAGAGGAGGACACCGGGAGCCUUGUGGGCUCCACCUGGCAGCUGGACCGCAAACAGACCACCUGCAAGCAGCUGCUGGACCAGCUCAGCCACCUGACGGAGCAGACCAAGGACCCCGAGGACGUGGACUACAUGACCAACAACCUUUUGCUGCUGCUCAGACAGAUGCAAGGGAAGAGAAACGACGCCAGCCCCACCAGGCAGACUCGUGGCAGGAAGAGACAGCGGAGUGGAAAGGCAAAGUAACCGAGAAUGAACGGAGGAACGCUGCAUGCCCCGUAGAUCUGGCGAAUCCUUAAAUACUGAUGUAGGAAGACGUAAUAGUUGCAGCUGACCUCAAAAGACAAUUUGGGGAAAAAAAACACUGAAAUAAGGCACAAGAAAUUCAACAGAAGACACGGAAACCAUAACAACUUGUACAUGUAUCGUGCUCAGUAUUGGCCAAACUUGAGUGUUCCACGAGGCAAAGAAGCUCUGUACCUAAAUAAUGGCAGAUCUCCCAUCAAGAUAAGAAGCGGAGAGAGGAAGUGCACAGUAAAUUGUUUUUGUUAGCAAAGUAGGGGUUUUUUGAAGGAGGGAUCUUUGGUGAAUGCAACACCCUGCAUUGUGGCCUUUUAUAAGCCAUUUGUGACCCGUCACCACACAAUGAGCUGAAAAGUCAGAAUUUUCAAAAAACCGAGAUAUUGGUACUUUUUGAAUUCAGCAGAAAGAGAGCUUUCCAAUGGAAU